AUGAGUAAUUUCCAUCCAUCUCCAUCGCUUGAUUGUCGUACAACACCAAUGGAAGUACAAUUACCGUUCGUCCAGCAAGCUAUGGAUACUGUAGAUCCAAGAAGAGCCGUGGUAAGAGGAAAUGAUAUCCAUCGUAGAAACAGAUCGCGUUCUCCGUCACCUAUGCCUAGAAAUUGCUGCGAUUAUCAUACACCAUCUGGCCAAUAUAUAUGUCGAUGCCCACCAAAACAUAUCACCAAAUCGGUAUUUUCAGAAAAUAUGCUUUGUCUAUCUCAAAUAGGAACAGUGGCAUUCUAUCAAGCUCUUUGUAGUGAAUUUAUUGGAACGAUGUUACUUACAUUAAUAUGUACAUCCACUGGUUUACCGAUUACAUCUAAACCUGUACCUGAAUUGCAUGGUGCGCUCGCUACUGGAUUUACUAUUGCGACGGUUGUUGUUGCAUUUGGUCAUAUAAGUGGUGCACAUGUUAAUCCAGCUGUAACAGUAUCAUUUUUAGUUGCCUGUGAAAUUGAUAUAAUACGAGCAUUUUGCUAUAUUGGCAUGCAAUUGCUUGGCGCCAUUAGUGGUUCUUGUUUAUUAAAAUAUAUAGCGCCUUCUGCUAUACAAGGAAAUUUAGGUCUCAAUACAAUAACUCAGGGUGUUACCGUUUCACAAGCUAUUAUGGUUGAAUUGGUUAUUACAUUUGUUUUAUGUUACACAGUGCAUGCUAUUUGUGAUAAAAAACGUGAAGAUAUUGGUGGUUCGAAAGCGUUGGCAGUUGGCUUAGCAAUAACAGUUGGUUGUUUGUUCGGUGGACCCUAUACUGGUGGUUCUAUGAAUCCAGCUCGGUCAUUUGGACCUGCUACUGUUAUGAAUACAUGGGAAAAUCAUUGGGUUUAUUGGUUUGGUCCAUUAACUGGUUCAAUUGUUGCUGCGAUUCUUUACACAUAUAUAUUAAAACAACAAACACCGAUUAUCGUACGCACUGACUCUCGUUCACGUUCAAGUACUAAGAAAACAGUUGAAAUAUGA